AUGAACGGCGCACUCCAUUGGGUUUGUUGCCUUCAGGGUUAUAAGUGUGGAGUUUUGCUUUUCGAUUUGUCAAACAAUGAAUUUGAGGUGAUGAUGUUGCCAAACAGGAUUCGGGCGGAUAUGGCCGAUAGUAUUGAUGUUUACAAGGGAUUGUUGGCAAUUUUCCUGUUUGACAGCUACGGGGUUGGUAUCCCUUUCGAGUUUUCCGUAUGGGUCAUGGAGACUUACCCAGAUGAAGAAUCCUGGACUAACAUUGAUCUUAGUAACGACAUAUACUUGAGUCCAUUAUUCGAUGUAUUUCCAACCUUCUCGCUGUCACUGGCAGGAAUGGGAACGAAUUCUAUUGUAUUAUUGCUGGAUGAUAAUCAAUUAUUGGAAGUCAAGGAGUCGGAGGGUGGGAAGUUUGAAUCUAGCCUGUGUUUACCAUCAAUGAAAUGGUCAUCUGUUAAGUUGGUUACCAUUGCACAGAGCCUAAUGUUGCUUGACUGGGGUCUGUGA